UUUUGCAUCAACACUUUCUGAUGGUGGCCAUUCACAGUUUCAGAUUCUGGGAACCUCCCAAAACACCUACACAAAAUCCAAAUUUUUAUCAUCACAAAUUCUUUAUCCACUUGUAAUCUAGAUUCUAGAAAAAUAAAAUUGUGAAAAUCACAUAAACAAGUUCAAAUCUUUAUCAUCACAAAUUCUUUCUUCCUCCCUUGUUUUCUUACAUACUACACUAAUUUUCAACCAUUUUUUCAAUGAAUUCUUGAUCAUUUCAUCAAAUUUAAUAUACAUACUAACCCAAAUUUUUAAAUUUUAUUCAAAAAAAUGGCAGCAGCAGCAGCAGCAACAGCAAUUCAUCUGUUAGCUGCAACAAAAAACAGCAACAGCAGAAAGAGGGUAAAUUUCAUAUCAACUGACAAUUUCAGAAAAACCCAGAUUGUCAGAGCAUCUGCAAGUACAGAAAACAGCAGUACAGGGAAGAAAGACAGCAAGAUGACAAAAAAGAACAAGAAAUUUAAGGAAGAAGAAAAUAAUGUUAUUGAUGGUAGUAAAAAGGAGCAAAUUGUUAGUAAAGUUGAAACAGAGAAGAGUGGGAAGAAUAGCAAUAGUGACAGUAAUAAUGAUGUGAUUAAAAGGCUUGAUGAGGCGGUUAAUCCGGUCGGGUUAGGGCGGAAGUCGAGGCAGAUAUUCGACGAGGUUUGGAAAAAGUUUUCCAACUUGGGACAGAUUUCUAGGACUGAAUAUGAUGAUGGUAGUAGUAAUAAUUUGUUGGUGUAUGGUGAUGGUGCACCUAUUCCUGGUGCUCAGAAUACUACUGUUCUUGUUGUUGGUGCUACUAGUCGUAUUGGACGCCUCGUUGUUCGUAAGCUCAUGCUUCGAGGCUAUGCUGUUAAGGGCUUGGUGAGGAGAAUUGAUCAAGGAGUGAUGGAUAUGAUGCCGAGAUCAGUUGAACUAGUGGUUGGGGAUGUAGGAGAUCCUGUUAGUCUCCAAAAUGCGGUGGAAGGUUGCAGUAAAAUCAUUUAUUGUGCCACUGCUCGUUCUGCCAUUACAGGGGAUCUCAACAGAGUUGACAACCGUGGAGUAUAUAAUGCUGCGAAAGCCUUUCAGGACUACAACAACAAAUUGGCACAGUUAAGAGCAGGUAAAAGCAGCAAAAGCAAACUUCUAAUUGCAAAAUUCAAAUCGAAAGAUUCACUUGAGGGAUGGGAAGUACGACAAGGGACUUAUUUCCAGGAUGUGGUGGCCAGCAAAUAUGAUGGAGGAAUGGAAGCCAAGUUUGAGUUCAAUGAGAACGGCCUUGCCAUUUUCUCUGGAUAUGUUUUCACCAGAGGAGGAUAUGUGGAACUAUCACGAAAGCUUUCACUCCCCUUGGGUUCUACUCUAGACAGGUAUGAAGGUCUUGUUCUUUCUGUUGGAGGCAACGGUCGUUCUUAUGUUGUAAUCCUUGAAACUGGUCCUCUUGCGGAUUCAACCCAAAGCAAAUUGUAUUUUGCAAGAAUUAAUACAAAAGCAGGCUUUUGCAGGGUCAGAGUUCCAUUUUCAGCCUUUCGCCCAGUGAAUCCAAGUGAUCCACCUUUGGAUCCGUUUCUUGCGCACACUUUGACCAUUCGUUUUGAGCCUAGAAGACAGAGACCUGUUGAAGGGCCUAAUGGGAUGAAGCAAGACCCAAGAAAUUUCGAGCUAAUCUUGGAAUACAUAAAAGCCUUGCCCAGUGGUCAGGAAACAGAUUUCAUCUUGGUAUCGUGUACAGGAUCAGGAAUAGAGACCUCGAGAAGGGAACAGGUUUUGAGAGCUAAGAAGGCUGGUGAAGAUUCGUUGAGAAAAUCAGGACUUGGUUAUACAAUAGUCCGUCCUGGUCCUUUGAUGGAAGAACCCGGGGGGCAACGUGCUUUGAUCUUUGACCAGGGAAACCGAAUUUCUCAGGGAAUAAGUUGUGCUGAUGUUGCCGAUAUCUGUGUGAAGGCAUUGCAUGAUUCGACAGCCAGAAAUAAGAGCUUUGAUGUGUGCUAUGAGUAUGUGGCUGAGCAAGGUCAGGAGCUUUAUGAACUGGUGGCACAUCUGCCUGAUAAGGCGAAUAACUAUUUGGCACCGGCACUCUCAGUUCUUGAGAAGAACACCUAAUGGAGUAUAUCUUAAUGUAAAGAUUUUGAUCGUCUCAUUGGCGUUUGCUUCAGAACUGAGAUUAAUCUGAUGAGCAUUUUUCCCUUUGUUACUUGGUGAUAUAAUUGUGUAUAGCAUAUAUAUAUAGGAUAUAAAGACUGCGUGUAUAUUUUUUUCUUGGGAUGAAAACAGAUAUAAUAUCAAUACCAACCCUGUAUCUGCUGCAAAUAGAAAAUGAAGACAUUGUAUUGUGUGAAAAAAGUUGCAGAUUAUUAUCAAGAACAACGAGCUUUUUAUUUGCUUCCCAUAAGAGAA